GACGUGAUAAAGAGGCAGAUUCUCGAAGCUGUUACGCUGCGUAGUUUUGUCUCCCUAAGCGUACGUAAUUUACGUAUUGCGGCCUAUUCCACAUUGUUGGCGGGGCAAUGGCUACGCCAGCCAAGAAAAGGAAGAUGAAUUUCUCAGAGCAGGAGGUGGAGAUCAUCAUGGAGGAGAUGGAAAAACAAAAACACGUCCUCAUUAACCACUUCAAUGCUGGUGUGCCACUACUGACCAAGAGCAACGCCUGGCAGGAGAUCUUGAAGCGGGUGAACGCCAUUAGCACGUGCCAACGCGAGCUGGCCGAAGUCAAGAAGAAGUGGUCCGACCUGAAAACCGACGUGCGCCGGAAAAUGUCCCAGGCCCGUGCCACCAUGGAAGGCGAGGGCGAUGGCGAACCAGUCGUGCUGACCCCCAUGCAGCAGCGCAUCUGCAACCUGCUGGGCGAAAGCUCCAUCCUUAGCUUGCCUAACCACGAGUGCCCUGCUGACAUAUCUGGCCAAGUGGCCAUCAGUUCGCCUGGCGGCGUUACGCUUUCCCAGAGUGAGUGGGUAACCUUUACUACAACGCCAUGGCGCGCAUUCCCAGCGCCGAAUGGUUGACCAGUUUACACGAUGGGAUAACUGAAGACGUGUCUAUGCCAACCGGUGCAGAUUUUAUGUUCGAUCACAGUAUUUCAACCCGCGCUGCUUAUAAUCCACGAGUUACUUCUAAGGUGGCCCGGUGCGCAAUUCAGUGUUGGUUAAAGUGUAGGCGUUAAUGGAUUUUGAUCGGAAAUAUUCAAUUUAAUUUAAAGAUCACAUUUCUUACUCAGAAUAAUUCUUACAUUUCUUAGUCAGAAUAAUGUUGCAAAAAACAGAAUUAGAUGUUGUAGAUAUGUCCAGGAAAUUUUUUUUUACUGGACAUGUAGGUAACCGCUCUAGCCAUUCGACACUGCCCUAUAUAGAAAUAAAAUAACACUGCAUGGCGUAACGUGUAUCUUACUAAAGCUUUAAAUUAGUUUGUUGGGUACAAAAAAAAAAUUACUGUAUUUAUAAGGAACACGUCUAGGGCAAAGUUGAGAAGGUGGGAUGGUUAACACUAGCAGUCUGGUUUUGCUAAUUUCUCAGUUAUUAAAUGUUUUACCAAUAUUUCUCUGUAUGAAUAAUUCACAUUUAAUAUGGAGUUGUGUUGGAUACAAUCUCUGAUUAGAAUAUGGGCUGUUUGUGCCUGGUCUUAUAGACUAAGAGAUAUAAAUUGCUCCGCUGUGAAACAAAUCUUUACAAAAUAUAAGCACAUUUAGCUAUAUAUAGAGCUUUGUAACAGUAUGUACGAUCUGAUCCGAAUGCGGAAUCUGAACAUUGUCAUUGAGUACCCAAUGUUCUAAGCUGUGUGUUUUGUAUUUGAUUCUUAUUUUGGUGAUUAUAGCCAUAACCAUAACUUUAGAAACAAGUAGAAAUAUAUUGUUUAUCACAUUGACACCCACAGUAGUAAAUUUUCAGCACUAUCUGUAAUCGGCAAUGUUUCAAUCACUCAAAUGACUUUUAUGUUAACUUUCAUGCAUAUUUCUUUCUUUCAGUCCCAUCUGAAACAACGUAUCAUACACUAGAAGAGAAUGUAGUGGAGUAUUGUACUACGGAGACCCCUACGACUGUUGGGUCUGAAACUCCGGUAGAGAUUAUAUCACCUUCCCCAGACGUCACCUUGAAACCUCAAGAGCUGAAAAAUCGAAUUGCUCUGAAUUCGGCUCGGUUGCUACAAGAGCAGCGGGUCACCAACCUCCACGUGAAAGAGAUUGCCCAGCACCUCGAGCAGCAGAACGACAUCCUGCAGAUGAUACGCCGUUCCCAGGAAGUGCAGGCCAGCGCACAAGAGCGCCAAGCACAGGCCAUGGAGGGGACUCAGGCUGCACUUAGUGCGCUCAUCCAGGUUCUACGACCAGUGAUGAAGGACAUGCGUAGAUACCUACAGAGUUGCGUCAACAGCUCACAAGAUGGUGGCGAUGUUGGCAAUUCCGAAACUCAAAAUGGGCAACCGCAUAGUAUUAACCAAUGACUGGCAAUGAACUUUUUAAACCAAACAGUACCAUAACAUAACAAUGUUCAGUAUUGGAAGACUCUUUCAGAGGACUGACGGCCAGGAAAUGUAGAAUCUUAAACUGAAAAGUGUGACCCUUACAUCUUAGCGUUUUAAAAUAUGAAACUUCCUAAAUCGGCAACUGCUAUGGUAAUCUACACAUUCCAUAGCCAGGCAUCUCUACAGCCAAACAUUUGUUCUAUAAAUUCUUGGGAUCUGGCAAGCCCAAGUGCUUAACACAGGAAGACAGGAUGUAUAAGAACUAAUGGUUUCAAGGUUGGGUUAACCGAAUGCGUCAUCUUGUCUAUUCUUCUCUAGUUAGAGGGUCAGUAAUAUAAAUAGAUGUUUUUUGACAUAGCACACUGAGGGAAAUUCCAAUAUCAAUAAAGUGUUUUUUUUUUUUUUUUAAUUCUUUUUUUAAAGGCUAAAGUUAUUUUAAAAUGCUAGCAGAAUUUAUGCAGUUUUAUACUUUGUACCACUCUUUUAAUUGGGUUAAUUGGGUUUAGGCAUGUUCUGGCAGAAUAUACACAUUAACCCCUUAAGGACACAUGACAUGUGUGACAUGUCUUGAUUCCCUUUUAUUCCAGAAGUUUGGUCCUUAAGGGGUUAAAGGGUCACUGUAAUCACAUUAAUAACUUCAUUUUAUUGAACUUGUGAUAGUGCCCUCCUUAUCCUACCUCCAAAAUUCUAAUAUUAAACUAAACUGAAGGCUUGGAAUCUUACCUCCUGACUCACAUAAUCAGACAUCAUAUGUGCAUGCGCAGUCACAGUCGGCAAUAGAGAAUCAUUGUAUUACUCUCUAUGGAGGAAUUCCAGGAGCAUUGUGACAAGUAAGACUUGGUGCUGGAGAAAAGAUAGGGGUGGGGGGGACAUGAUAAGGGGUAACAGGAAUGUAGUGUUAAGAAUACUGGUAUGUAUUCUUAACACUAGAGUGACUAUUUAAGUAAUGGCACCAUACAGAUGCCCCUACGGUGAAAGACAUUCCUUUUUAGAUGUAAAGUUCCAAUUAUAAAAACACUAUAAGGUCAGGAAUGUGUAUUCCUGACCCUAUAGUGUUAAAACACAAUUCAAGUUUCUGGCCCCCCCUUUAAAAAGCUGUAAAAUUGACCUUUAUUCCAGCCCUGUGCGGGUCUGUCGGAUGUCUCUGGCCUGCCCCCGAUCCUCCUAUUUGGCUGAGAUCAUCAGAAGUGACGAUCUCAGCCAAUCGCAUUGGUUUGGCUGAGAUCGUUCAUUCUGAUGAUCUCAGCCAAGGAGGGAGUGGAGCCAAAUGCUGCACUAUCCAAUCAGCACCUCCUUUAAGAUUUACUCAAUUAAUUUCAUAUGGAUUGUGAUUGACCGUUCUGACCACUUCAUUCUGUCUGCUCUUCUUCAAGCAGAGAAAAAAUUGAAUGUAUCUCAAAAAGUGUUUGCAAUUUUUCACCAUUUUUUCAGAUAACAAAAUCAGAAGUUGUAUUUAAUGUUUAUGGCAUAUGCUGAUGUGUAAUUAAUAGCUGUUUCUAGAUUUAUUUUUCCGCCUUGUAGUUCAGGAAUCCCUUUAGAGAGAGCAUGGGAAGAGUUGCAGAGAGAAAUAUUAGUAUACUUUUAACAGGCAUAUUUGUAUUCACAACAUAUUUUCGAAUUCUUUCAGGGUCAUACACAGUAAUUGCUAGGAGAAAGACAAAACUAAAGAAAAAAAAAUUCUCCGCUAUUUUUUUCUGUUUGGACUAUUUUGUCUAAAAUUUUUAAUUUAUCUUGUCUGUUCUUCAUAUUUCCUGGUUUAAUGAUUAUAACUGUAGAUAUGGAUAUAUUGAGCCAUGAAUUCAAAUCCAGAUCACUGACCAGUAUGUAGUUAUGAUCUAAUCAUUUUUAAAAAAUUGCAGGCUUCCAGAAACAAGGAAAAAUAAAACUGCGUACCUUUUA